AGCCCCCGACCCGGCGCCCGCCCCGCCGCCCUCCUCCUGCGCCCCUCCUGCACCAUGGCCGCCCCGGACCUGUCGGCCAACCUCCAGGAAGAGGCCACCUGCGCCAUCUGCCUCGACUACUUCACCGAUCCGGUGAUGACCGACUGCGGCCACAACUUCUGCCGCGAGUGCAUCAGCCGCUGCUGGGGCCAGCCCGAGGGGCCGUACGCGUGCCCCGAGUGCCGGGAGCUGUCCGCGCAGAGGAACCUGCGGCCCAACCGCCCGCUCGCCAAGAUGGCCGAGAUGGCGAGGCGCCUGCACCCGCCGUCGCCUGUCCCGCAGGGCGUGUGCGCCGCGCACCGCGAGCCGCUGGCCGCUUUCUGCGGCGACGAGCUGCGCCUGCUGUGCGCCGCUUGUGAGCGCUCCCGGGAGCACUGGGCGCACCGUGUGCGGCCGCUGCAGGAGGCGGCCGAUGACCUCAAGGGGAAGCUGGAGAAGUCACUGGAGCACCUGCGGAAGCAAAUGGAAGAUGCACUGCUAUUCCAGGCCCAGGCGGAGGAGACCUGUGCCUUGUGGCAGAAGAUGAUCGAGAGCCAAAGGCAGAACGUCCUGGCGGAGUUUGAGCGUCUUCGCCGCUUCCUGGUGGAGGAGGAGCAGCAGCUGCUGCAGAAGCUCGAGGAAGAGGAGCUGGAGGUGCUGCCCCGGCUGCGGGAGAACGCGGCCAGGUUGGUGCAGCAGAGCGCUGCGCUCGGGGGGCUCAUUGCUGAGCUGGAGGGGCGCUGCCAGCUCCCUGCGCUGGGGCUGCUGCAGGACAUCAGGGAUGCUCUGCGCAGGAUCCAGGAUGUGAAGCUGCAGCCACCAGAGGUGGUGCCCAUGGAGCUGAGGACCGUGUGCAGGGUCCCUGGGCUAGUGGAGACCCUGCGGAGAUUCCGAGGGGAUGUGACUCUGGACCCAGACACCGCGAACCCUGAACUGGUGCUGUCCGAGGACCGGAGGAGCGUCCGUCGGGGUGACCUGCGGCAGGCGUUGCCCGACAACCCUGAGAGGUUCGACCCGGGCCCCUGUGUGCUGGGUCACUCUCGGUUCACCACGGGACGCCACUACUGGGAGGUGGAGGUGGGGGAGCGGGCCAACUGGGCGCUGGGCGUGUGCAGGGAGAACGUCAACAGGAAGGAGACGGGCGAGCUGUCGGCUGGCAACGGCUUCUGGAUCCUGGUCUUUCUGGGCAGCUAUUACAACUCACCCGAGAGGGCCUUUGUGCCCCUCCGGGACCCGCCCCGGCGCGUGGGGAUCUUUCUGGACUACGAAGCCGGACACCUCUCUUUCUACAGCGCGAGCGAUGGGUCACUCUUGUUUAUCUUCCCUGAGACCUCCUUCUCUGGGACGCUCCGGCCCCUCUUCUCACCUCUGUCGAGCAGCCCGACCCCUCUGACCAUCUGCCGGGUGAAAGGUGGAGCUGGGGAUGCACCGGUCCCCUAGUGGCACGCCUGGCCGUCUGCAGACCCCGUGUGUGCGUGGUACCCUGGGGGGCUUUGCUUUGCCUCUCACAGUCCUGUGCCCUGUCUUCCUGGCUCCUUGGAAACCCUGCAAGGAGGGAGCGUGUCCUUUGAGGUGACGGGAAGAAUCUCGUAGUACUUCUCUGAAUGUACAUAGUGAAACAUGGGCACUGACGUUUCCAGGAGGCGCGUGCAGGUGUGCGAGGCACGGCCUUGAUCCUCCUCAUCAGAUCUUCCAGACACCUUGGUGUCAGACAUCACUCACCUGCGUUUUACAGCAAGACACUCGGUCCCUGGGCAGGACUGUCCUGAGUAUCGAACAGUGUCCAGCAUCCCUGCCAGACCACUCGGGGCCAACAGCCUCAUCGCCGUGGCCCUCGGGCCUGACCUGUGGUCCCACAGAAGCCUCACCGGCACACUGGCCGGGUAGCCGUGAGGGCUGGAGGCAUCAGAGCCUCCAGAAGCUGCUGUCCCGGCAACCUCAGGGUGGCAGCCCCACCGGCUGAGUGCCCCACCUUUCAGACGGCCGUGGUGUGUGUUGGGAGGAGUUGGCCCCAAGCCUGCUAGCGAGUCCUGUCCUUGUGAGAUGAGGGGUUCGGUAAGAGUCCAUCACAAUGUGGAUGGGAUUAUGGCGCCGCAGUUGGCAUCUUCAGGGAAGAGGUUAUCAGGGAAAGCCCAAGAGCAGCGGGAAAUAGGGAUGGAUGAAGUCCUCGAACCAAGGGGCUGAGUGUAGGUAUUCAGGAUGUGCAGACCACUUAGGUGUCUCCUGGCCCUGUGUACCUCCUGGUUCCCGUGUGGUAGGUCUCUGGGGUCCAGAGGCAAGACCAGGAUGCGGAGAUUAUACUUCACACGAUGGCUCACAAACUCAGUUUUGUUUUUAGGACUUCUGUGUAAGUCCCUGAACUUUGCCCUGACACAUUCUUCUGCAGCAUCCAUCAGAAGCCAGACGCUGGUCUCUGACGGCAGUCCACCCUCACGUUCCGAGCCCAGAGCCCAGCGUCCCGGGCCUACCCCCUUGUUAAUGCUUCCUCACCAGCAGUGACCUUGGGAAGGGCAUUUCACCUCCCCACACGAGGUUUCCUUGUUGAUAAAGUGGAUGUAGUGGUAGCGACAUUGCUGGGCCACAGUGGCUACACGAGAUCAUGCUGUCUGUUCAAAACCUGUCAACUGUUACUUCCAGGGAACCUGGCUUGAGCCAGGCUGGCACCAGUUUCAAAACCCAGGUUGGGGCUUGGAGACUGCUCCAAUAAUAAGAGUUACAACUCACUGAACCCUCCCUACGCACAGGGCACUCCGCUGAGCACUUUGCCCAGGUCCCCUCAUCCAACGGGGGCACGGGGGGGCCUCUCCUCUGCGUCUCCUCCCUGGAGGGGGAGGAGGGGCUGCAAAGAGCCCGACGCAUACAGAAGCCACGAGUUUGUCUUUGCUCUGAGGUUUGGGGUUUCUUCACCCUUAGCUUCUCUUUUUACCCUAUAUUUUAUUUAUUUUAAGAAGAGCGUUCUGCCAUUAAAUAACUUUUAACCAUUCGUCUGUAGUCCCAUCCGUUGUUUAUCCCCUUGCUGAGUAGUGGGGCCUACUGGGCGUCAGGGAGAGCUGGCCCUGGGGAGGGUG